UUCCUUCAGUCAGAUUUGCGCAGGUGGCGCUCCCGGUCGCGUCCACGCAUGCGCUCCGUCAGUUGGUCGUGUAAAUGAAACACUGACAGUACCUCACAAUUUUAUUUUUAUUUAAAAUUAAAUUAAACAUAAAAUAUCAAACGAAACAUCCGUUACACAAACUUGAGCUUUUCGUUGCGAAAAAGUUUAUUGAUGUAUUGACAAAAACGACUGCUUCGCGUUCAAUGUUUUAAGUGUUUUGAUGAAUAAAAAAUCGAUUUACAGCAACCUAUUCUCUUUAUGUUGAUUUUGGUGUUAGAUUUGUGUUAGUUGAUAUUGUUGAUUUUGGCGACAACUGAGGGCAUAACUGUCGACGGUGUCGGGAACAGGUUUUUAAAACGGUAGAGUUAUUCGUGGUGUUUUUAUUGUUUAUGUACGUAUACGUGCUAUAGUUCGCGAUAGGCCAAGUGAGUGAACCUCUUACCGAGUGAUGCUGUGAUAUAUGUACGAAUAGAUCGGAGACUUCAUCUGUGCAUGAUAAUUGAACGUGUGCGAGGCGGAGAACGGGAGGCGGAAGGCAAAUGAUGAUCGCGGAGUGCGUCCACAGUCGCGUCCCGCGAAAUGGCCGCGCUCUCCUGCUACCAGCCGUGCCGCUCGCACCUCGCGCAGCCUGCUAGAUGUUUCGACGACGAGGAGGAGUCGGCGACGCUCUCGGCGCGUAGGCGGCAGUUCAUCGAGCGAUGCCACGAGGCGCGCACCGGGCGGCACCGGGAUGCCAUACCUGAGGUGUCGGUGAAGCGCACGCGGGAGGAGCUCGCGAAGCAUGCGGCACAAAGCGCCACGCUGACGAGGCGGCUCAACGUCGAGUCGGGCUGGUCCAAGGUCGAGGAGGUCAGGAAGAAGUUCGAGGACGCGACUACGUUGAGUGCCUACUCCAGAUCCUUUGAAUCGCCACCUAGACGCCGUCUAGCAGAUUCGUUGUUCGCCAGCUUCAAACUCCCCAGAAAGAAGGACAUGGCGCAGCCGCGCUCGCUCCUGCCCCAGCAGCAGCAGAAGAGGAAGUCCGCGGUGGAACUGCUGGCGGAGUCCAAAGCGUUCUACGUCAAGUCUGAAACUGUACUGGAUCGGAAACAGGAACUGCCUUUGAGGGUGAGCAGCGGUCUCAGUCAAGCGAUAGCAGCCGGGGGCUGUCAUCUAGUCAGCUCCGGCGCGCUCAACAAUGACGCCUGCUGCAACCCUUAUGCAACAACGCGGAUAGCCAGCGCUCGGAGGGCCGUGAGCGCGGGCGAGGGGCUGCAGAAUACCUUGCGGAGAUUGUUGGAGCACUCCGACAGCAGGGAGAAUGUGUACUCACCGGCUUAUGUCUCGCAAAAAAUGUUCUCCGAAACCCGCCGGCUAAAAGACUCGUAUCCCGAACGAGAAGUGCCGCGCUCGCAGCACACGUCUGGAACGUUUUCCGGAACCUCCUCCUCCGGAACUUCCGGUUCCAAACAGAAAUCGGAAGAUAAGACUCGACCAAUGAAUUUUGCGGAUGCGAGAGUUUUCUUUCCGGAGUCAUUCGUAAUACCCCGUCAGAGGCCUAGCGAAGUUAUAAUCAAGAGCACAUAUUCAAUACCAAGCCCCCAAUCGAGCCCGCAUCAGUUACCAGAUGACAUCUCCCGCAGCGGCGACCAGUUGGGUGCCAUCAGUCCUCCUGCUGAAUAUGCUCACUCCGCACCUAGAUAUAUAAGAUCAAAUUCUCAUUCGCAACCGAGCGCCCGCGAAGAUGAUAGCACAAAUAUCAAUAGUCACAAAUCACUGCCUGACUUGCACGCUCAAGCGCACGUAUAUCCUGAACAUGUGAACGUGGUAGUAGGAACAGAGUCAAUAGGACGGUCCCCGAGACGGAGGCGGCAUUCUGCUCACCAUCGUACUGCGUCUUGUUCUUCUAAAGGAACUAGAUCGAAUCACUCCUCCCUCAUGUCAUCCUGCGACGCUUUUUCUGAACACCCAUCGCCUGGUGAAGAAAACUACCAAUCAUACAACAGUCGCUGCGGGUCAUCGUUCGCGCGUGACUCAGGCGGCUCAAGCGGCCACUACACGCAACGCAGCGCGCCGCCGCACGCGCGCGACAAUGCUACCGCGCACCAUGAGAGAAACAGAGCGUACGCGUCGUGGCAGGCCAACAACGGCAGCGCGCUGGAGCAGUGCUACGUGUCGGCCCCCCCGCAGUUCCAGGACGGCGCGCCCUCCCCCCCGCCGCCCUACGCGCCGCACCCGCACCCGCAUCCGCACCCGCGCGUCGGCAUACACUUCCAAGCAAGCGCUCCCCCGCCGCAGUUCCAAGAUGAGCCGCCACACUACGACUACGGCGACUACGACUGCACGUACAAGACGCCGCUCAAGUGCCUCAGCGUGGGUAGAAAGGAGUACGCCAACACCAGGGAGUACACCAGAUACCACGAGCCCAGUACGGAGUUAAUCAGUAAACAGCCGCAGUACCAAGAACCCCGAAUGCGGACGCGAGUUGAGGACAAAGAAUAUGUGAAUACCGCGCAGAUCUGUCCCCCAGAGGAGGUGACGUCGCCUCUUGGCACGUUCAAACGCCAAAGGUGCCUUCGAUACAAGCAGAGGCGGCCCAGACCAAUUUUGCGCUCAAAAUCAGACAUAUCUGACAGGUACAGACGCACAGACGGCCGAAGCCCAGCUUCAGCUCCUUGCGAUGGAGAAGAUUCCCCAGACAGCCCAUCCGGAGAGUCUGUUAGACUACAGCACUUCUUUGAUUAUUUGGGGAUGGACUCGAGACAGUAUGAUGGACUUAUAAAAGAUGGCGACGAGGAUAGUCCGGUGUUCUUUUCAUCUGCUUCAACGGUGGACUCAAAUCAAUUAGCUGCUGCUGCGGACUAUACGGUCCAAGGGCCAGGAGUUCAAAAGCAGAUCUAUCGUAACACAGAACCGCCGAGUGUGGUAGAGCGAAAUGCUAGGAUUAUAAAAUGGCUGUGUCAGUGUCGCAAAGCUCAAAUACAACCGCCUCAGUAGAUAACGAUUUUAUACAUAAGUAAAGUGAUUUAACAGGCAAUAAGUUUUAUUCAAAAGUAGGCAGUAUUGGCGUUGACUUGAUUCAAUAAUGAUGUGUUUAAGGUUCUCUAUAUUAUAACCAAUACCAAAUGGCGCUAAAUGCAUCAUAUUAAUUUUUUAUAUUAUAAUUGGCUCAAAAGAAAUAUCAUAAUUUGACAUCAUUGUAAUAUUAUAAGAAAACUAGUAAUGGACAACGUGUCCUUUUUCUUUUUCACAAAUGAAACUAUGAAACUGUUUAAUGUUGCCAGUUUGUAAACGAAACCUGGCUAAAAAAAUGUUUGCCUGGCAAAUAAAAUGGCUGGUUUGUAAACUAGACUUGAAUUUUCUUUUCAUUAGAAAACGAGUACCUUUGUGUUCGAAGAUUUGAUAUCAAUACGUGUUCUCUUUCUGCUCUAUAAUAUCACUCAGAAAUUUUAAGGCUUGUAUACGAAAUGAGCACGCUAGAAAACGAAAACUCUAAGGUUUAUUUUAUUGUUCGUGUGAUGGUUACAUUCUAAUAUUAAGAGAAGAGAUAAAAUUUAAUAAUAACUAUGAUAGCUGACGUUUUGAAUAUCGACUGUUAAUUGUAUAAGUGACCCCUGUUCACUAGUUUAGGCGAAUUAAAUUAAUGAAUCUUACAAUUAUUAUAAUAGCUAUAAUUAUAUCAAAUUAUGCUUCAGUACAUAUGCCAACAAUUCCAUUAAGUACAAGGAAUACAAUUUACAAUUGAACUUAAUGUUAAAUACAUUAAUUUUUUAUUUACAUAGAGCAGAUGUUAUACAUACGCACGUAACAUUAUAUUGUGGUCGGUAACAUAAUGGCAGACGUACCUACCUAUAUUCUAUAUGUUGUUUUACUAAGAAAAUCAUUUUAGACCAAAACAAUAAUAAUAGAUAAACUUCAUGAAAAAUAUUUAUUAUUAUUAUUAUUAAUCUAGUCAAAAAUAUUAUUAUAAGCUAUAUUUUUUUGUUUAUAAUGCAAUCGUUGGCACUGUGUACUUCAUGAUAGUUAGUAAAUCUUUAUUACGACUUAAAUGAAUACAUUUUAAAGGUAGAGAAAACGUAUGUUAUUGUAAUUUGUUGAGAACAUUUUAUAAUGUUAACUUACUCGGUUUUACAAAGGGAUACAGGGAUACUGAUUUCUGUUUCCACAAGGACAUGGUAAAAAAGAUACAAAAGGAUAAGAAGGACUAUUCCAAUCUGUUAAUUAACUUCGGCCAAAUAUUUAUUUUAUGGUGUGAACUACGACUAGUUUAACAGGUCUCUGUCUAUCACGUCAAAUGUCUUGGAAAAUGAUCUGAUAAAUGCAGUAAUAUGUCUGAUUUUAAAUCAUCUUAUCUGCAACACUCAAACAUCCUGAUGAUGACAACAGAUGUUUCAUCCUUUUUAACGUCAUUCAUUGUAAAGAUUUACUUAACACAUUUAUUGAUAUAGAUAGGUGAUGUAAGUAAUAAUUAUAUCAUAUUUUUGAAAAAAUUAACACAAAUAAGUACAUAUUCGAAUAAAAAAAAUAGCAAAAAUAUUUUCGUCUUCGAAACAAUGUACAAGACGCGAGCUUAGAGAGCCUUCUAAAAUGAAAUACAAAUACUGGGUUCAAAAAUCGAUAAAACACAUUUGUUAGAUGUCGCUAGUAAAAUAAAAUUUCAAUAAAUAUUAAUUUAAUGAAAAUAUAAAUUAAAUUAAAUUUACGGUGACAUUUCUUGAAAUUAUUGUUUUAGCACUAAUUUCGAGGAUGGAUAUGCCAACUUCGCAUGGUUUCUGCUGUAAAAACGGGAAUAAUUAUAAAAAUCAAUUAUGCUUUGUUAUUGGGUAUUUUUUAUAGUACCUAGCUUAUUAAUGUUGCAACAUUUUAUCACAUAAGUAAUAUUUACCGCUUUUAAUCAUAUAUUUGAACUUUGUUCCGUUGUUUAUUUCUUUACAGAAGUAUUGUAAUGAUAGGAGUGUUAUAUUUUUAAACGUGAUGGGGAAAAAGUUUAUAAACAGGGAAGUGGUUUCUUAAAAUGAAGGGAAAGUUCCUUUUAUUUAGACUUGUUUAUUUGACUAGAUUUUCGCCUGACUUAUAACGACAUUGAAAUGACAAAGUUGAAUUGACAACGAUCUUACUGCUAUUCUAUUUCAAAAUUAAUUCGUUCACACGUAUAAUAUGUAUGCAAACUUUAUGAUGUUUUGGAACAUCGUGCGUUAAGCUACGCAAUACAAGAUUUUAUAUAUCAGCGGAAACGUAGCCUCACGCGUUAUAAUAUGUUAUAUUGCAUCCUAUGUACAUUGUACAGGUACACUAGUGAUUUUUUUCUACAAGUAUACCUUAAUAUGGUUCAUUAACUCACUAUGUUAUCAGAUGUAAAGACUUUAAGUUUGGCAGGAAUAUUUCUUGUAGCAUGUAAAAAUCAGCUAAAAACGGAUAUUACAUUGUAUUAGUCUGGUUUAUGGAAUUAACAUUUAGACAAAGGCGCGGGCGUUUUAACAAAAUAUUGUUGUAUUUAUUAACCAAAAAUUAUUGAUCUUGUAGAUUUAUUUUGUUGCGAUCCUGUUUAUCAGAAAUCGUCAUAAAUUGUUUGUAAGUUUAUUCAGUAGAAACCAUUAAAGGAAAGUAAUAAUAAUUUUAAUGUAUUUGUAAAAAAUGUUCCUGUUACGGAUUUGUCAUUAUUCAUAGAGUUAGAUAAUUUCAAAUUUGUAUUAAAUCUUAAUGUAACUUAAGAUAAUGAAUAAUAAGUGAUUUCAUGGGCGUAGUUAAAGAUAUCGAAUAGAGUACCUACAUAGAAUAAUUUUAACCAAAAUUUUAUUUUUAUUUACUAGAUAGGUAUACUGAGUUUUAAUUAAAAUUUUAUUAUCUUUAGUCAUAUUCACAUUUAAUUCUUUGAAAAUAAGGAUAUAUUCGAUGGCCACCACAGUAGCCUUUCAUCUAAAUAAUCUCGCUGGUAAUCCACUAUUUUAUUAAUUUCAAUAAACUUUCUGUCACAUUUAAUUAUUUUACUUCUGAAUAACAUUGUGUUUAAAAAUACACUGAAUUAGUAUUCUAGAUACCUUUUAACUAUGCCUGUGAACACUAAAGAUGUAUAUUGAUUUAUAUUUUCAAAAUCGGGAGCACAAAAAGGAUCAAUCUUAGCUAAAACAUGCUUUUAUAUUUUUGUGCCAAAACAUGAUAUCACAGGAUUGUUUAAUCAUAUAGUUACAUUAUAUUUGAAUAUUAUAAAUUAUCAUACCUUGGUAAAUAUUGCUACUAAUUCGGCUGUUCAUAAUGUCUAAAUAAAUCCUAAAUAGACAAUAUUAGUUUACUAUCAAUUUUUAUAAGGUAUAGGACUACUUUUGUCUUUGUCUUUUUAGGAACAACAUGUGCAAUCGAAAUUAGCUAUGUUGUAACAACAAACAAAAAAAAGGUUUUGUGCAAGUUACAUUUGUUACCUGAAACUAAAUAGAACGAAUACUUUGCAAACUACACGCCUAUUAUUAACAGCCUGGAAUUUUUGAAAAAUGAAGGAAGUAUAACACUAAGCGUAAGCCUAAAGUUAGUAUGAAAAAAAUAUGACAAUAUCACAAUAAAACAAAAAUAUUCUAAAGUAAUAAUUAUUAAAUAAUCAUUCCGAUGUAACGGUCUAUUUGUAAAUACGUUAAUGUGCACGACUUUAUUUACUUCCGUUUCAGAAAAUACUUAAAUGUCCGUUUAAAAACUCUUAAAAAUUUGGAUUAAUUUUCCAUAUUAGGGAAAUUAAAUUUAUAUUCGGGCAACAUUUAUCUUAUUCUAAAUUGUUGUCCGUUAUGGAAAACAAACAUAGGUAAUUCUUAUUACUUACUUUAUUUCACAAUAAUUCUAUGACUAAUUUUAUGGUUAAAAUAAAUAUGACUCUAUAAAAAUCUAGCUAUGUCAAAUUAAUUUACCUAAAAAAAUAGUCUUAGAAACUGGCCCUAUUUCUAUCCUCAAUAAUUAAAAAUUCUCACUUUGGAGGGUAGAAUACAAACUUUGCAUACUUCAGUCUCCUUAUAAUUGCUACGAGGAGGUUUACCAAAUGUAUAAGCUUUUUUUCAUAAUUCUUUUUUUCUUUAAUUAUUCAAUGUUUUAAAAAUUACUCUGAUAUUCGGACAAACACAAGUCAAACAAAUGGAAGUUUAUCAGUUCUGGAGUUAUAGUAACUAACCCGAAGUUGUUUUAUAUUAUUUAAAAAUAAGCGGACACUUUAUUAGCUGAAUCCUAAAUAAGCGCUGGUUUUCUUCCCUCUACCCUGCAUACAUUUAAGUUUGGCCUACAACAUUUGUGUAAAAGACUGCCGAUUCCCUAUUUGUUGUUUCUGUGAUAUACCUACUAACGAAUAAUUGAAUGGUGUGUAUGUUUUACUAUAUUAAUAGUGUCCAAGUUUCUGACAUACAUUUAAUCGGUCUGUAAGAGUCGCUGUACAAAGAAUGAUGCAUUUCUUAAAAAGAAAAUCUAUAAUCUGAGUAUAAUUUAUUUGUCUUUAAAUUAUUGCUCAUCUCUGCUAAGAAGAGACAGCUAUAAUAAUGUAUGAUGCAACAUUCUAUGUCUGUUGACUAUAAAUAAGUAUGAAUGGUUUUAACCCAAUACAUAGUAAGGUGAAGUAGAAUUAUCUUUUCUUAUUAUUGCGUACUAAAAUGGUUAGCGUUACAGUAUUAGAUUGUUUAGCAUUGGAUGCUUCCAUUAUUUGUGUAAAUAAGAUUUACGUACUUUGUUAGAGUUUUAACGUAAAGAAAAAACUUUAUUGUGGUCUGAUGAA